AUGGCUUCAGCAACUAACAUGGGUCUACACGCGCCUGUUGAGGCGACUCCCCAGGGCUUGAAUACAUCAGCGAGUACGCAGUUUCCUCCCAUCAACAUUGGCACACGCAAUUCGGUGCUUGCUCAGAUCCAAGCACGUGCUGUUGAGAGAUCCCUCAAAGAGGCGCACCCGGAAAGGACGUACAACAUCUGCCCAGUAGUGGUGCAGGGAGACAGGGAUAAGACGACACCUUUGCAACAGCUGAGUCGAGGCGAGAAUGCGAAGAGUCUGUGGACCGGUGAAUUAGAAAGCAUGCUGGAGUCGGGCGAGUUGGACCUUAUCGUGCACUGCCUGAAAGAUAUGCCCACGCAAUUACCAGACAACCUCGAACUUGGCGCCAUCCUCGAGCGUGAAGAUCCCCGCGAUGCUCUUCUCAUUUCCCCACGCCUGCCCAAAGAGACCACCCUAGCCACACUGCCUCAAGGCGCCACAAUAGGAACCUCCUCUGUCAGGCGUUCGGCUACACUACGAAAGCUGUUUCCUCAUCUAAAAUUUGCCGACUUGCGGGGCAAUGUUGGCACGCGACUAGCAAAGCUAGAUGCUGAAGAUUCACCAUACUCGGCCAUCAUACUAGCCGCUGCUGGUUUGAAGCGUAUGGGCCUUGAUAACCGGAUUACCCAGUAUCUGAGCAGUACUAGCGGUGGUAUGCUGCAUGCAGUAGGACAGGGCGCGCUAGGAAUCGAGAUUAGAAAAGGUGAUGAAUCUACCAAGGCGCUUCUCAGCAAGAUCCGAUGUGAGAGGACUACAAGAGCAUGUUCCGCGGAGCGAGCCCUCUUGCGCACCCUGGAAGGAGGAUGCAGUGUCCCCAUUGGUGUGGAGACAUCAUGGCGUGGCGGUCGUGGUUUGACAACAGGCGCUCAGCCAGCCAGAGAUUAUGACAAGCACGGUAACGCUGUCGAAGAGGAAGAACCACAUGUGGAUGAUCAAGAGCUUGUUCUCAGGACUUUGGUGGUCAGCGUUGACGGCACUGAGUCAGUCGAGUACGAAGUCGCACAAAAGGUUCGAUCUGCUGAAGAAGCGGAAACUAUGGGCAGAGAAGUUGCCUUGAAAUUGAUUGAGAAGGGCGCAGAUAAGAUCUUGAAGAAGAUUAAUGUCGAGAAGCAAUGGGCGGCGAAGAAGCAGCUUGAGGAAAUGGAGAAGGCUUCGACUGUAUCAUGA